AUGGCUGUUUAUGCUGUGGUAGGGAAAGAUAAGGCGAGGCUACCUACAGCAGACCAAUUUGCCACAGCAGCACGAGAGCAGAUGACGGUCCUGACGCCACCGAGCUUGGUGACUGUUCAAACGCUGUUGGUACUCUCCAUGUACGAGUGGGGGAUCGGGAACCGACAGCAAGCCUGGCUGAGCAGUGGCAUGGCUAUCAGGAUGAUGCAGUCUCUACAGUUCAUGACCGCUUCUACAGAACAUCCCCCUGAAGAUUUGAAUGUGUACAAUCGUACCUUGUGGAGCUGCUUUAUCAUGGAUCGCUUGAUCUUCUCAGGAAUGCCUCAGCCAUAUACCCUUUCAUGCAAUUCUCUACGAACCUCUUGGCCUUCUUCAGACGAAGACUUCGUGUUUGGCCUGCCCCCAGUGUCGUCACGUCAUGCCACAGCUGGGCAAAGUCUACUCGAUGACAUGCCUGGAAAUAUGGCGAACUCCUACAACGUUCUCGUUAGGGGCUUCGAUAUAUGGGCACGCAUCCUACAGUGGAUCAUUAGUGGAGGAAGAUUCUUGCCUGAUAUGAGUCUUCCUGCAAAUUGUCCCUGGAAUCCGACGUCACCCUGGGCGUCACUAUAUCAAGAAUUACAGGCAUGGAGAAGCCUUUUGGAAGAACGGAUGCUUUUCCCUAAGGUCUCCGUGGAGAGCCAUGCUGCGCUCGAACAGGCCGAGCCUUUCGCCUAUGUCAAUCUAGUCUACUACAUCAGUCUGAUCUUCCUAAAUCGCGAGUACCUCCCGUUUCUGCCAACUAUGUGCGAUCGACCCUCUGGACCAAUUGAUCCUCCACUGCUUCCCCCAGAUGCACCUGUGGGAUGGUGGGAUACAAGAGCAACUGAGCUUUUCGCGUCUGCAGCCUCUAUAACUACCAUCAUGGAGGACCUGGAUAAUGCAGACGCUUCGCUGCAUACGCCCUUCCCAAGCUUCUGUGUUUUCUCAGCAGUAACCAUGAACAUGUACAGAUCGGCUUUCCCCUGGAUGAGCCCCGAUAAACUGCAAGACGGUCGAUCCCUUGUAGAGAAGAAUCUCCUUUGGCUUGAUACAUUCCGCAAGAUUUGGCCUGUUGGAGAACGCUGGUGGCUGACGAGCCAGCGUACCAAGCAAUUGUACGAUCAUGCUAGUGCUCACUUGGAGAGGUACCAAGGAAAAGCAAGAACGGAUUUCGAUGCCCUAGAGGCUUCCAUGCAUGACUGUCGGCGUCGAAGGCCAUCAGUCGAUGAGUAUCGGGACCUGAACCCUGACGCGGUUCUCACACGGGACCGCAUUUUCACACAUUUAGAAGAGCAAGGGCUGUGCGAGACAAAUUACAAUGGGGACAUGUCGGAGAUGGCAUUACAUUCAAAUAUAGGAUGGAGUCAAUUAUGGCCGUUUUGGGAUCAAGAAGAUAGUGGAUAUCUCGUCUACAGUGGGCUUUCGCCAAAUACAGAAUGUUUAUAA